AUGUCGAACAAGGGUGGCUCGUAUUUGUCGGCACAGCCUGGCUUUUUGAACUCGUCUGCAUCGCGUCGUCCCCUCGUGCAGCCGACGUGGUACCAGCGUUUCUGGAGUGAGGAGAUUAUGCACCCUGCCAAGUUCUGGGGCAACAUGUCGGUGGCGUGGAGCGUGAGCUUCUUUGCCCUGGGCGUUUUGUUUGUGCGCAAGGCUGGCUGGUUCCUUGCUCCCAGUUUCUAA